AUGCGAGGCUACCGGUCCAAUGGGAACGUGGAGGAGCUGCUGAAGCAGUCUCAGAUGGAGCUGUCCUGGAUCCAGAGACAGUUAGCCAUGGUCUCCAUACGCAACACUCACCUGCACACCAAGGGAAAGCCCAGACACGAAGCUUCAUCCCUUCAAACUUCAGGACAAUCUGCGGGUUUGAACCAGUUCCAACUGCUUGAGGCCGGAAACCGAGCCCUGAAGCUUGAAGUGGCGACCCUCCAACAAGAGAAGCAGCGGCGGAGAACCUUGAAAGCAAAGCUCCAUGCGGCCCUGCAAGAGCAACAUCGGCUUAACCUCGAGCUGAUCAACCACACCCUCCGAUCCACCAAGUAUGACCAGGUGCGGUCCGACUACGAGCAGCUGAGGCGGACCUUUGUGCUCGUGAGGCGUGAGAGAGACGCAGCCCGGCAGGAUAGGACCCACCUCCAAAUCAAAGUAGAGAAACUGGAAGAGGUUCUGAAGCAAAUGCACGAUGUCGCAAAGGAGAGACAGCGGCUGCAGGUAGAGCAUGAGCGAGCCCUGGAGCUCCUGCACGGCAAGCAGAGGGAGAUUGAUUUACUGCAAAGGGCUCCACUCGAAGCAGACCACGAACAUGAAGGAGCAGUGCAUCUGCUAGAGGUCAAGGUUCGCGACCUAGAGCACAAAUGCAGGUCCCAGCGUAACCGGUUCCAGCUGCUGCUUGACCUACGCUCAGAGUUGGAGACGUCCGACGGCCCCGCCACUGACUCCUCCUCCCCGUACAGGAGUCACCAGCAGAGGAACCUCCGACAAAUCCUCAGCACACCGCAAAUAGGAACCGGCGAUGAGCGCGUGGCAAACACACAGCCACUGAUCGACCGAUCGCUGUUUCCCCGCCCACCGCCCCAGACCAGACCCCGGGAAAGGCCUGAGCCGCUGUCCGUCAGGUCCAGCGCCGCGGCAACGGAUCGGCCCGGCUGCCCACGACAGGGGGCCCCCUCAGAGAUGGAGGAUGAGGUGAGCCCAUCACCCAGGUCCAAGGCUCGCUAUACAGGCCAGGUCCGGCUCUGCUCCGCCCGCUACAGUUAUAACCCAUACGAUGGACCCAAUGAGCACCCUGAAGCAGAGCUCCCCCUGGUGGCGGGAAAGUACCUCUACGUGUACGGGAACAUGGACGACGAUGGGUUUUAUGAAGGGGAGCUGCUGGACGGCCAACGGGGCCUGGUCCCCUCCAACUUCGUGGAGUUCGUCCAGGACAAGGAGAAGCUCGCCAUCCAGGCCGGGGACGAGGGGGAGGAGCUAGGCCAGCCGGGCCACGCCCCCUUGUGCAUCAUGGGUGUGGAGGGCGGGGGCGGCGGCGGCGGCACCCUCGACGGCGGCGUCCUGUGCUCGUCCAACGCGCUGGGCCCCUGCAGCAACGGCACCGAGGAGGGGCCCCCGGACCCCGAGGACCUAGCGGAGGACGUGGUGCCUUACCCCCGGCGAAUCAACCUCAUCAAGCAGCUGGCGCGCAGCGUCAUCGUGGGCUGGGACCCGCCCCUGGUGUCGCGCGGCUGGAGCGCCGGCAUGUCGGGCUACGCCGUGCUGGUGGACGGCGAGCUGAGGGCCACCGUGGCCCUCGGGGGCCGCACCAAGUGCCUGCUGGAGAAGCUGGACCUGGACGGCUGUGUGCACCGCGUGUCGGUCCAGAGCACCACCGACCGCGGGCCCUCGGACGAGCUGCGCUGCACGCUGCUGGUCGGCGCCAACGUGGUGGUGGCGGCGUGCGGGCUGCGCGUGGACGACAUCCAGCGCGACACGGCCGAGCUCUCCUGGCUGCCCAGCAACAGUAACUACGGCCACACCAUCUUCCUCGACGGCGCGGAGCACGCGGCGGUGAAGCCGGGCCGUUGCCGGCUGCGCUUUGUCAACCUGAAGGCCAUGACGGUGUACAAGGUGACGGUGGUGGCGAGGCCGCACCAGGUGCCAUGGCAACUGCCGCUGGAGCAGAGGGAGAAGAAGGAGGCCGGGGUGGAGUUUUGCACCCUAGCGGCGGGUCCAACACCAUAUUGCAGAACAGGCCCUCCUCUGGCACCUCAGGAGGUGCAGGUGCUGUGCGGACAGGCGCCCGGAGUCCUGCAGGUGCACUGGAAGCCCCCGCCCCUCUCCCCGACCGGGACGUCCAACGGGGCCAACGUCAUCGGUUACGUAGUCUGCACCAAAGGACAGAGGAUCGCCGAGGUGCUGUACCCGCUGGCCGACUACGUCAGCGUGGAGCUGACCCGCAUCCAGUGUCUGGAGGCGCGCGAGGUCAUCGUCAGAACUCUGUCCGCGCAGGGCGAAUCCCAGGACUCGCCCGUCGCCGUCAUUCCAAACAACCUGCUGGUGCCUCCGCCCCCCCUGGCCCUGCCCCCGCCGGGACCCCAGCCCCUGGCGCUGACGCUGCACCCCCACAGCGGACCCCCCGGCCCCCCGCCUCCUCAACAGCACCCCCACCUCAAGUCCCCCCACCUGCAGCACCCCCAGCCCCAGCUCCAGCUGUGUGGCCCGCCCCCGCCCCACCCCCAGCCCCGCCAGCCCCAUGCCGGGGAGCCUCACCCUGGGGUUCCCCACCCUGGGGGCCAACCCCGGCCCCCCAACUGUCAGCCGCAGCCCUUGCACCUGCAGCCGCACCAGGGCCUGAGACCCCAGCACCGGCUGCCCCUGAUCCCCCACCCCCACCCCCACCCCCUGCCCAAGCGACCAGUAAGUGCCAGAGACCUGGAGGCCAAAGAGCACGGCGGCGCCGGCCCCCCGCCCAGCGGAUGGGACCCCCCGCGGAUGGCCCCGGGCCCCCAAGGACAGCCCGGUGCGUGGGACCCGGCGCGGAUGGCUCCCCCGCAGGUACACACCCUGGAGGCGCCCCCGUCAGCCAACCCCCGCUCCCCCUCCCCGCAGAGGAUCCUGCCCCAGCCGCGGGGCACGCUGAUCCCGGACACCGUGGCCAAGGCCAUCGCCCGCGAGGCGGCGCAGCGCGUGGCGGCGGAGAGCGGGAAGGGCGACAGGAGACAGCAGGGGGGAUACGGCGAGCAGCCCUUCCACCAGCGCCACUCGGACGAGGAAGAAGAAGACGAGGAAGGCUUGGCGCGUGGACGUCGGAGGGGGCCCUCGGUCGACGAGUUCCUCAGAGCCUCUGAGCUGGGCCGGCCGCCUCACUAUAGUCACAGUGAGGAGUACCACAGCGAGAGCAGUCGGGGCUCCGACCUGUCGGACAUCCUGGAGGAGGACGAAGAAGAGCUGUACUCGGAGAUGCAGCUGAACGACGAAGGUAGACGACGCAGCUCACACCACGCGCUCAAGGCUGGCAGCUCGCCGGGAGGGCGACACGACCGGGAGAACGGAAGACGAGGCCCCCAGGGGCCCCGCGGAGGGCCCCAGCCCCAGAGACGGCCCCUCAUGGUCCCCUCUAUUGACGGGGGCCACCGGGAGAGGGAGCGACGUUCCCCGCCGUACUACAGCGACUCCAAGCCCGAGGAGUCCUUCCGGAUCUUCGUGGCGCUGUUUGACUACGACCCGCUCUCCAUGUCCCCCAACCCCGAUGCCGCAGACGAAGAGCUGCCCUUCAAAGAGGGCCAGAUCAUCAGGGUGUACGGGGAUAAGGACACGGACGGCUUCUACCGGGGCGAGGUGUGCGGUCGGAUGGGCCUGAUCCCCUGCAACAUGGUGUCAGAGAUCAGGGCCGAGGACGACGAGACGCUGGACCAGCUCAUCAAGCAGGGCUUCCUGCCCCUCAACACGCCCAUCGACCGGAUAGAGCAAAACAGGCGCGGCCAGCGUAGAGACCAGGCUACCCGGAGGAUGGUGGCCCUCUACGACUACGACCCCAGAGAGAGCUCCCCUAAUGUUGACGUUGAGACUGAGCUGACCUUUUGUGCUGGCGACAUCAUGGCUGUUUUUGGAGAAAUUGAUGAAGAUGGCUUUUAUUAUGGGGACAUCAACGGCCACCGCGGCCUGGUCCCCUCCAACUUUCUAGAAGAAGUGCCUGACGACGUGGAGGUGUAUCUGACGGACAUCCCCUCCCACCACCACCACCACCCCCCCCAGGAGGAGUCCGGCGGCCGCGCCCCCGCCAACUCCUCCCACUGCUCCUCCUCUGCCGCCAACGCAGAGGGCAAACGGGUCGCCACGGAAACCGCCGACAUCGUGCCCGUGGCGCGCAGCCCGUCGCCAAUGGUGCUGCCGGGGACCAUGCGGCCCAUCAGCCCCGCGCGGGGCUCUCAGGGGCCCUCGGACCCCCGCGACGACCACGACGGGGACCCCCGCGACAGCCACGACAUGAAGAAGAAGAAAGGUAUUCUGUCCAAGGGGAAGAAGCUGCUGAAGAGGCUUUCCCCCGUCAACAAGUAA